AAUGUCUUCUCCGUGUCCUGCAGGUCGGCGUUCUUCGUGUUCUGCUCCGAGUACCGUCCCAGCGUGAAGCAGCAGUACCCGGGUCUGUCCAUAGGGGACUGUGCUAAGAAGCUGGGGGAGAUGUGGAGCAAACUGGUCCAGUCUGAGAAGCUGCCCUACGAGGAGAAGGCCCAGAAGCUGAGGGAGAAGUACGACCGGGACAUGGUGGCGUACCGCGGGGGAGGAACCUUCGCCAGGAACCCGGACGCUGCUGCCCAGGGGGCCGAGGAAGAGGAGGAUGAGGAGGGAGAGGAGGAUGAGGAGGAGGAGGAAGAUGACGAGUAGAGAGGAAGAGGAGGGAUGGUGUGUUUGAGAGGA